AAUGUCUGCGGUUUGGCGUGUUUUCGCGACCCAUCCGAAAAAGCUUGUUGCUGGGACACUAUGUUUGGUCUAUUGUUAUAAGUUUACGGGGGAAAAAUAUCGAGACUACGUUUUGCACCGAGAAAUAUGCUCCCAUGUUUCUGUAGGUCACUCACCUUUGCCUAUGAUUAUGUAGUCAGAAAAUUACAAGACCGUUAAUAGCACACAACCUCUACGCAGCCUGACUGUGUUUGUAAAUCCAUUCUCGCGUCGUGGGUAUGUGCUAAUAUUCUAUUUCCCAGAGGACUUUUAAAAGUGUUUGAAAACAAUGCUGCUCCUAUUUUAAACCUAUCUGGUCUUGACGUUAAAAUGGUUUAUCUGGACACCGAUUCUGAAAUAAAGGACUUCAUAAAAGUGCUAGAUCCGAGCAGUACUGACGGUGUUUUAGUUGCUGGAGACGACAAUUUGAUCCAAAAAGCAGUUACAAGUUUGUUAUCUCGGGGUGAUUUUAAAACUACUCCUUUGUGGUCAUUGCCAGUCGGAGCGGUGCCCGUAGGUAUUUGGAAUGGGCUUAUAAACUCUAUCUGUGAAAAAACAGUUGUCCCUAAAUGGUUUUACAACGCUUUACAUUCUGUCCUGCAACAGAAUACUAAAAGAAGAAAUGUUUUGGAAGUAAAAGUUAUUUCAGACGAUAGUCAACCAAUUGAACAAUCGAAGGCGUCAUCUGCGAAUACUUAUUCUUUAUUAGGUAUUGAAUGGAAUAUUUGGAGAGAUAUAGAACUUGGUGGGGGUUGUGGUGUUAGUGAUAGGCAUAAAAAGCCAACAAAUCCUAACGAUCACCGUGGUGUACUCACAACACUUUCAGUUUCAUCUCCUAGAUCUUGGAGUCGUAAUUUUGGUGCAUUGUGGAGAUCUACUUGGUAUUGGCUUCGAUCAUCUGAAAACAAUGCUCAAAUAUAUCCUCAUAGUGAUUCUAAAACUUCAUCGAAUUUCUUCGCAGAUUCUUCAGUCACUAUAUCUGACAAAAAGCCGGAAAAAAGUCGUGUGAAAUUCGCUCGCCUUUUUUAUACUCCAAUUUGUACAGGAUGUUCGAAAUGUUGGGAGAAGAAGUUAAUGAGUUAUAAAGAAUCUGGUCUGGAAGUAAAUGCAAAGAAAUCAUCAUCUCUAUUAGGAAGAAUAUUUGGAUUCUCACUAAGCAGUAAUAAUAACAAAUCAAAUAUUGAUGAAGUGAAAAGUGUAGAAAUUCAACAACAAAUCAAAGCUAAGAGUUCCAUAGACAAUCCUGCAUGUGGAGAACUAAAGGAAUUAAUCGUUGAAAAGGCUUCUGGAUUCACAAUCACUCCAGAAGGAGAUCACAUUCGUUUGGAUAUUUUGCGUCGUUCCACCAGCUAUUGGGAUCAUAUACAACAGUUUCGCGCAUGGCUCCUUUCUCAACCGUAUUCAUUUAAAUCUGGUAGUCAGGUAAUAUUGUGUGAUAAAUUGCGUUUGUUUCCUGGUCAAACUGAGAACGAGUUUUAUUGGAUUGACAACGACUACUUUGAGGCCCACCCGAUUGAAGUGAAUUUGCGCCGCAACGCUGUCAAUCUUUUCAUGUAAUUUAAUACUUUCACUUAAAUAAACUAGAUCUGUUUUCCUAUUUUAAUGUAUAA